CCAUUAAAUUAGAAUCAGAAAAGGGCACACUGGCUUUCUCUAUCGUCUCUGUUCUAAAAGCUUGGGCCCGCGUAAAAACAAAGAGCCGAAAGAACUCUCCCAGAGGACUGGGAAAAUUAGGGUUUUCUUCAGGAACAACCAUAUUGCCUUGUUGUGUUAAACGGUUUUGCUCGAUUUCACAUACCUUACCAGAUAGAUAGUUAAACAAUCAACUGGCUGUUGUUUUUGGGCCAUUGCCAGUAUCUAAAUAUCAAGAAAUUCACUGCUUCAUAUUAUAUAUAUACAUAUGUAUUUUUCACCUGUUGAGCAUCAUCAUCCUCUUGAUUAUCAUUCGUAAUUCUCUCUUGCCUGUCUCUAUAACUACUGUUACUUUAUCAUUAUCCCGUAAUUGAUUAUCAUUCGCAUUGGAACUCCUUGGAUCCAUAUCUGAUGGGAAAAAUUCAGUUGAGAAUCUUACUCUGCAACUCCAUUUGGCCUCUCAUUUUGUUUCCACCUUUCCGUACUUGUACUCUUUCUUCUGCGAAUGCUUCUGGCUUCUGUGCUUCCUUCACAGUUGCCUUGCAAGCUUUUUCUUUAGACACAUAAGAUGCCAAGGACAAGAGGUAUUGCUGUGGCUGCUGACAAACCUGAUGAAUCUGAAAAGCCUGUUGAAUCUGAAGAAGGGGUUGACCUUGAUGGUGACAAUGAACAAGAGGAGACAAUGGAAGAAGAAGUUGAGUAUGAGGAGGUAGAGGAAGAGGAGGAAGUGGAGGAGAUAGAGGAAGAGGAAGAAGUAGAAGAGGAGGUGGAAGAAGAGGAAGAAAUUGAGGAGAGAGCAGACGAGGCUGAUGCACAAAAAGGCUCAGACAGCGAGGAGGAAGAUGAGGGAAAAAAUCGUGCUGAACUUCUUGCACUUCCUCCUCAUGGAUCAGAGGUGUACCUUGGUGGCAUUCCUCAUGAUGCCACUGAAGAGGAUCUCAGGGGUUUUUGUGAAUCUAUAGGAGAAGUCACAGAAGUAAGGAUAAUGAAGGGAAAAGAUACAGGUGAGGCCAAGGGGUAUGCUUUUGUGACCUUCAGAUCAAAGGAGUUAGCUUCCAAGGCGAUUGAAGAUCUGAACAAUGCUGAGCUUAAGGGGAAAAAGAUAAGAUGUUCAACAUCUCAAGCAAAUCAUCGGUUGUUUAUCGGUAAUGUUCCAAGAAACUGGGAAGAGGAAGAUAUGAAGAAUGUUGUAAUGAAGAUUGGGCCAGGAGUAAUUUCUGUGGAAUUGUUGAAGGACCCACAGAACUCCAACCGGAAUCGUGGAUUUGCUUUCAUUGAGUAUUAUAAUCAUGCUUGUGCAGAAUACUCAAGAAAAAAGAUGUCAACCCCAAAAUUUAAACUGGAUGAUAAUGCUCCAACUGUGAGCUGGGCUGACCCUAAAAAUGCAGGAUCUUCAGCUGCUUCUCAGGUCAAGGCAGUGUAUGUGAAGAACUUACCAAAAGACAUUACUCAGGAUCGCUUGAGAAAGCUGUUUGAACAUCAUGGAAAAGUUACAAAAGUGGUUCUCCCUCCUGCAAAAGCAGGGCAUGAAAGGAGCAGAUUUGGUUUUGUGCACUUUGCAGAGAGGUCGAGUGCCAUGAAGGCAUUGAAGAACACUGAGAAAUAUGAAAUUGAUGGCCAAGUUUUGGAGUGCUCCCUUGCUAAGCCUCAAGCAGAUCAGAAGUCUUCUGGAGGGCCAAAUUCACAGAAGUCUGUCUUGCAUCCAACCUUCCCACCCCGUCUUGGAUAUGGUUUAGUUGGGGGUACCUAUGGUGCUCUAGGUGCAGGUUAUGGUGCUGCUGGCUUUGCACAACCAGUGAUUUAUGGUAGAGGACCAACUCCUGCUGGUAUGGCAAUGAUGCCAAUGCUUUUACCUGAUGGAAGGAUUGGAUAUGUCUUGCAACAGCCUGGAAUGCAACCACACGCCCCUCCACCACAGCCUCGGGCCGGCAGGGGUGGAGGUGCUGGCAGCUCAAGUGGUGGAAGACAUAGCAAUGACAGUAGCCGACGCAGCCGGUAUAGCCCAUACUAAUGUGAUUGCCAUUUUAGUGCAAGUGCGAGGGAAAGAGAAAAAAAGGUUCUUCAAUUAUUGAAUAAAGGCUUUAUCUGGUCGACGAAGAGUGCUUUCUGCAUAUUACUAGAGCCUAAACGCACUGAAAUGAAAUUAAACCGCUAAUGAGCCAUAGGGCAGAUGUGCUAACAAGCAAUCUGUUGCACUGCUCAACCCAUUUUGCCUUUUGCUUUUCGCUUUCAGGCCUGAGCUUGCUGGAUAGCACUAUGUCAAUUAGUCUGAACGUUAAAUUGUACUUUUGUAAACUGAGCUUGUUUGUGCAAGACAAUGAGAUUUUUUUAUAAUAUUGUUUAAAUUAAGGUAGUA